CCCCCCCCCCCCCCCCACCCACGCACUGCCCCCGCACGCGUCGGCCAGGCACGGCCGGUCCAUGUAGCCCGCGCCCGGACACGGAGCACCCGCGCGCGACCCCGCGGCUUGUCGGGAGAUGGGGCUGGCGGAGGCCGGCGAGCCCAGCUCCAUCCUCAGCUUAGCGGCAGCCGUUUCCUAUGGAGUCGCAUCCAUGGCAAUGGUUUUCGUGAACAAAGCAGUUCUUAUGCAGUAUGUUCACUCCAUGACCCUGCUCACUUUACAGCAAAUAGCCACAGCGCUACUGAUACAUUUUGGUCAAGUUCUAGGAAUGUCUAGACGAAAAGACUUCAGCUUGAUAACUGCAAAGAAGCUUCUUCCGAUAUCAAUAUUUUACAAUGCAAAUGUGGGAUUUGCUCUAGCAAGCUUGAAAGGGGUUAACAUCCCUAUGUAUAUUGCAAUCAAGAGAAUCACUCCCCUUGCCGUGUUGGUGAGUGGGUGUGUACGGGGAAAGGGAAAGCCACCAACACAGGUCACUCUUUCAGUUAUCUGCACCGCUGCAGGUGUCCUUAUUGCAGCACUUGGAGAUUUUUCCUUUGACCUAUAUGGAUACUGCAUGGCUCUAACAUCAGUAUUCUUCCAGACAAUGUAUUUGGUUCUGGUGGAGAAAUCAGGUGCUGAGGAUGGUCUUUCCUCAGUGGAUUUGAUGUUCUACAACAGUAUAUUGUCACUUCCAUUUCUGUUUUUCCUCAUUAUAGCAACAGGAGAAUUCCCCCAUUCUAUUACAGUAUUAUCUGCAAAGACAGCCUCUCCAUCAUUCAGUGUUAUUCUUGUCAUUUCACUGGUGAUGGGAAUCGUUCUCAAUUUCACCAUGUUUUGGUGCACAAUCGUGAAUUCUGCCCUGACAACAACAAUAGUAGGAGUCCUCAAGGGUGUUGGUUCUACAACCCUGGGUUUUAUUCUGUUGGGAGGUGUGGAAGUACAUGCUCUUAAUGUUACUGGACUGGUGAUCAACACAUUGGGAGGUGUCUGGUACUCCUACGCCAAGUACAGGCAGAAGAAGAAAACACCACGAAAGCUGGUACCUGAUGUAGAAUCGCAUGCCCACAAGUAGCGCUAGAUCCAGUAACUUUAUAAUUUGUACCUCAUUUUUUGAGCUGACAAUGACUGGAACACCACAUUAAAGUCCAAUUUUCUGGGCUCAGUUCACCACCACUCCGCCAGCAAAUAGUUGGUGCAAGGGAAGAGAUAAGAUAGUUUAUUUGUAGGGCAAAGUACAUUUUUGUCCCUGAAGAAAGUCUGAUUUUGGACCUCCAACUCUAAAACCAUAUAAAAGGUACCCUCGAACUAUGAAUACGGUGCAUCUUUUACUCUUU